GCACUUCAGGUGACGGAGCUGUGAUGGAGGCGCUGAGGUUGGUGUGUGAUUAGGAUCCGGUCGGAUCACGCGGAGCUUCCAGAACCGAACCUGUUACCUUCUUCUUGUUUUGGCGGAUUAUCUGUGAACCAUGAACGUGUCGCCUCCGGACCGCAGGAAGACCGUGCGACAGCUGGCUCUGGAGAUCGGCGUCCGAGUUCUGCUCUUCGGAGUUUUCGUGUUUACAGAAUUCCUGGAGCCAUUUGAGAGAGUAAUUCAACCUGAAGAGCUUUGGCUUUACAAGAAUCCUCUGGUGGAGUCAGACCACAUUCCUAAGAGGGUGAUGUUUGCAAUUUCAUUCCUUACCCCUCUGGCAGUGAUAUUUGUGGUGAAGAUAAUUCAGAGGACGGACAGAACGGAGAUAAAGGAGGCAUGUUUAGCGGUGUCCCUGGCUCUCGCCCUCAAUGGAGUCUUCACCAAUACCAUCAAGUUAAUUGUGGGCAGACCGAGGCCAGAUUAUUUCCAUCGCUGUUUCCCAGACGGACAGGAGAAUGACAAAAUGCUGUGCACUGGGGAGCCAGAAAUCAUCUCAGAGGGACGCAAAAGUUUCCCCAGCAGCCACUCCUCCUUUGCUUUCUCUGGUCUUGGUUUCACCUCCUUCUACCUGGCGGGGAAGCUGCAGUGUUUCACAGACCAGGGGCGGGGGCGGAGCUGGCGUCUCUGUGCCAUGGUUUUACCCCUCUACAGUGCUAUGAUGAUUGCUUUGUCCCGAACCUGCGACUACAAACAUCACUGGCAAGAUGCCUUUGUUGGAGGUGUGAUCGGGUUGAUGUUUGCAUAUAUCUGCUAUCGUCAGCAUUAUCCACCGUUUCUGCACAUGAACUGCCACCUGCCUUACGCCAGCUUGGCUGCUGCCACGCACACGCCUUCACACCCCCAGGAGGACCCUCAGCCUACUGACAAUGCCACCACCCUUCCCUUGGAGGGCUUGACUGAGGGGCCUGUAUGACUAGUGGCCACCCAGACACCCUCCAACACCAUCCCAAAUCCUCCAACACCGCCUCCCCCUGCCCAAUGAAGGACUGGCUCUUGUAUACAUUCCAGUGAACAGUAAU